AUGGCCCCGCUCCCGCUGUGGGCCGAGCACCCCAACCUCAGUGGGCAGCGGGUCCAGGUGGUGCCGGCUCGGAGCAGAAGCUGGGUCCUCCAGCGUCUGUCCCUGCCAAAGCCUGGCCCGCAGGUUGUCCCCCAUCAGAGACCGAGGCAGACAACUGCCCCCCGGGAGGCGCCUGGUGGUGUCACGGAGCUGUGGAGAGGGGCCCCCCCCCCAAAGCCGUCAGGGGAGAGAAGGGGCUCGUUCUCCAAGUUCCCUGACACGCUGGUCACACGAGGCAGUGACAUGCUGGUCACCCGAGGCAGUGACAGGUUCCAGGCUGUCCCCUCUGACUGGGGCAGAGCCAGCGAAGGCAAACCCGAGGGGUGGACCUGCCCAGCUCCAAAGCGGAAGGAAGAACCGAGCACCACAGGGAAGGUGGCUUCCGAGCGCAGCCGACGGGCACGGGUGACCAGCCACGUGUUUCGCCCAGGCCCGAGGGCACCGCCGCACAUGGGCGCCCACCUGGCUGCUGAGCCUCCGGCCGCCAGCCUGGGGGCGGGGGCUGCACGGGGUCUUGGGGGCCCAGGUCGGCCCCGCUGGGGGCAGAGACCCGGCUCCCGGAGGCAGGCAGACACAGCCCCUCCCCUCCCCUUCCCACUCCCUUCCAGCCUCACCAAGUGGGGCGCAGGGCUGCCCCUGCUGCUCCCACACCCUGGCCCCGCCCGCGCCCCAACUCACCCGCGCCUGGACCGGGCGCGCCACUCAGGGCUCCCGGCCCGACAGGCCAGGGCGGGUCUCUGCGGCACGGGCCACUGUGGGGUCCGAGGGGCCUCGCCCCAGUCCCCAGGAGCUGCGACACGGGCUCCCCCACCCCCGAGGCUGGCUGCUGGCGGCCCACUGGACGCUCCGGGCCCUCUGCGCCUCGGCCUCUCGGGACCCCUCCCCAGGUCCCUCCCCACAUCCCUCCCGGGCCCCUUGAGGCCCCCUCCCGGCCCGAUCCCGCAGCUCGCCGCCGCGCUCCUGCGCUCAUACCGUGUGGAGAGCUCGGGGCGCCGGACAGGCACAGGGUCUCAGCUGGCGGGUUCUCCGGCUAGAAGCCCACCCCGCGACUUCCUGCUGGGGGUCCCCCUCAUCCCUUCUACCUCCAGACAGCAUCUGAGGCCCCAGAAGUCCUCUGGUGUGGAAAAGACCCUCUGGUCCGAUGGCAACCCCAGACAGAUGCAGGGGGGCGAGGGGCCUCCCGUCUCCAUCUGGGGUCCCCCCUCCCCUGGAGGCGCUAUGAGCUCCGGCCUGGUCUUCGGACCCCACAGUGCCUGGUUCUGGCAUCUGUCCCCCGAGGCCAGGCUGCUUCCUGGCACCCUCGGCCAGGGCAAGUUUGUCCCAGAAACGAGGCCUGCAGACUUUGCUAGACGCUCAGGGGCAACUCUGGAAACGUCGUCGCUGUGCACCCCUCACCCCCUUAUCUGGGGAGUGGGGCUGAGCUCACCCCCACGAGGCCCUGCCGCGGUCUCCGCAAUGCAGCGGCUCACCACAAAAAUGGCCGUGGCUACUGCCCGGCUCAGUGCCCAGCUCCAGGCCAGGCAGCUGGGCAGUGGCCAAGGCAGGCCUGCAUGCCGGCUGCAGCUCCACCCAGGGGAGCCCCGGCCCUCCAGCCUGGUCCCCGUGGGCUCAGCCCCCACAGAGGAGCCCGAGGGAGUGUGUGGGGACGAGCAGAGAGGCACCGUGUCCCCACACGUGUCCUCAGACGUGUCCCGCCCCGGCCCCCGGGGGAAGCUGAGUGCUGGGCCACCGGGAGCCGAGCUAGAUUGCCUGCCGCCUCUCCUGCGGCCAGAGCAGCCUCAGACGCAGGAGCUGGGACUCCGCGGGAGGAGGCGCUGGCGGUCCUUAGCGGCCUCGGAUUGCGGACUCAUCCCUCCAGUGCGCGCCUCCGCCGUCGCGUGGACACGCCCCCUCUGUGCGCCUGCGCCUCCCAUCGCCGUUUCCCUCCGCCCAGACCACCCGGAACGGUCUCGUGUGGAACUCCUCCGCUCGACCACAUCUGCGAAGGCCCUGGGUCCCGGUGGGGUCACGCUGACAGUGCCCUGCGGGGAAGUCUCUGCAGCCUGCGUGCGCGCUGGCCCGGGGUCCUCUCUCCAGGGCCUUCAGUCCAAGGAGCGGACGCUGCCCCCCAAGGAUGCCAGGAAGCAGCCUGGACCCCAGGCGCAAGAAAAAAAGUGCUGUGGGCAAAAGAAAGCAGAUGUCCAGGCAGGCGAGGCUGCGAAAGUGCUUCAGACCCGGAAAGGGACAAACGUGCGCUUACAAGUCCCAAAGCUCCCGCCCCAUCUGGCUUCCCCGCCCGGAGGGGCUCGGCGGCGGUCCCCUCAAGGUGGCGCUGCGGGGCCGCCCAGGCGGAGGGACGCGGGACGCGGGACGCGGGCCCGCUUCGGGUGCAAUGCAGCAGGCCCCCGGGGCUCCGAGCGACGCCCUGGCGCCCCGCCCGCUGCCCACUCAGCCCCGAGCCGGCGAGGCCGGGCUCAGCGGGCAGACCCAGGCGGGGGCACGAGCGCCAGCCCCGGGGAACUCGGAAGAAGUCAACCGAAAACGCGGCUCCAGCCCCUGUCGCUCCCCGGGCCCCUCCCCACGGGGCUCCAGAUGCCCAGGUCCAAGGUCCGCUGCGCCCACCACCGAGGCGGCAGUGAGGCCCUUCCCCCCGCGAGUCCAGCGGGCCCCUGCCCCCCGGGGCGGGUGGCACUCACCGUGCAGCAGGGCAUGACGGCGCGGGCUGGGCUGCCUCCUCCCGGCCGGUCCUCGCGGAGCGUCCGAGUGCCGGCUCAGCGCCGCCGCCAGGGUGGGCUGUGA